UUGGGCCCUUCAGCUAGGGAGAAGGCUAUGGUUAUUAAUUUGGAGUUCAUAAAGGCUAUUGUAACUGCCGAAGAAGUGCUUCUCUUGGAUCCCCUCUGUCAAGAAGUUGUCCCUUUUGUCGAACAACUGAGACAACAAAUCCGUCUCAACUCUCCGUCCAAAGUUCAUGAUCCCAUCCAUGACGAUGUUCAUUUUAAAGAAAAUCCAUCAACAGAAGAAAGAUGGUUGCGCAACGAGAAAGACGAAGAGGAGCUUCCGUUUGAGUUUCAGGUGCUGGAGGUUGCAUUAGAAUUUGUCUGCUCCUUUUUAGAUUCCAGUGUGUCUGAUCUAGAACGAAAUGCGUAUCCUGUAUUGGAUGACUUGGCCAUGAAUGUCAGCACAAAGAACCUGGAACGAGUUCGUAGCUUAAAAAGCAACCUUACUCGUCUUCUCGCUCGCGUUCAAAAGGUUAGGGAUGAAAUUGAACAUCUAUUGGACGACAAUGAAGAUAUGGCACAAUUAUAUCUGACAAGGAAGCAGAUCCAGAAUCAGCAAUUUGAAGCUCUGAUGGCUUCUGCUGCUACAAACAGCAUAGUUCUUGCGCCGCCACACCUGGCAAGACUAAAUUCCAACGUCAGAGGCAGUGCGAGCUUUACCAGUUUCCCUUCAGAAGAUAACAAUGUGGAGGAUUUGGAGAUGUUGUUGGAGGCUUAUUUCAUGCAGCUGGAGGGCACCCGAAAUAAAAUACUUUCGGUUAGGGAGUACAUCGACGACACGGAAGACUAUGUGAACAUUCAACUGGACAGCCAUCGAAACGAAUUGAUUCAGCUGCAGCUGGUGAUCGGCAUCGCAUCAUUCGCGAUUGCGAUAAACACGUUGAUAGCCGGUCUGUUUGCAAUGAACAUUCCAUGCGAGUUGUAUGAGAUAAACCACAUCUUCACCCCAUUUGUGGCAGGAACAUCAGCUGGCUCCUUCCUCAUCUUCUUGCUUGUGCUGGCUUAUGCGAGGUGGAAGAAGCUGCUUGGCUCCUAAGGUCCUUUUUGUAAUUCUCUUCUUUUUUAUCAUUUUUUUUUUUUUUUUUUUUUGCUUCGGAUGGGCCUAAAUCAGGGUCUAUUUUAUGAUUAUUGUUGUUUUCACUGCUGAAACAUUUGGGUCUGAUUCAACUAA